CUUGUCGACAGUAUGUCGAUGGUAUGUCGAUUAAAUUAACUUGUUGAUUGUUAGGUUGUAUUGUCGACUGAAUGUCGACAGUAUGUCGACAGUAUGUCGAUAUAUUGUGUAAUUGUUAUUUGAUUGAAUUGACGACUGAAUGUCGACAUGAUGUCGAUAUUUUGUCGACAUAAUAGUAUUGUGUCUGCUUUUGAUAAUGUCGACAUAAUGUCGACAUGUUUUGAAAUUUUUGUGUACUUACUGUUUGGUAAUGUCGACUGAAUAUCGACAUGAUGUCGAUGUUAUGUCGACCAUUUUUUUAUUUUUUUGGCAGUUAUGUUGAUUUGUUUUUUGUUUUUUCAGAUGGCUCCCAGACUCAUUAUUCCAGCACCCGAGCAUUUUACUGGCCGCAUCACAUAUAGGGGCACUGGAAUUUUUGCAAAAAUCAAAGCUCGGUUUGAGGAGUUCAACCUUAAUAACACGGCGAAGGAAAGUCGUUUCGGGAACUUCUGGAAUGUCGUACCAUUGACAUUCUCCUCGGUGUUAUUUCACCAGCUGAUGCUCCACAAAAUGAAAGUGGAUGCUCAGGAGGAGUUGAGGAUGAGGUUUUAUGUUGGUCGGAAGGAGGUCCGAUUCGGGGUGCUGGAGUUUGCACUCAUUACGGGUUUGGACUUCUCCUCGGGGCCAACAGAAGAGGAGAAGGCUGCGCAGGUCGCGCGCUCGGGGUCAGACCGAUUGAUCAACAGAUAUUUCAACCGGUCUGAUAGUGUGAAGACAGAAGCACUCCAACUUCAGUUCACAAACUGCCAGAACCCGGAAGACUUGUACAAGCUCGGCUUGUGCUUGUUUGUGGAGUCAGUGCUUCUGGGCCGCGAGGCAAACGCGCUGAUUACGCCUCACAUACUUAGAUAUGUGGAAGACCUCGAGUUCUUCUUCCGGAUUCCUUGGGGGAAGCACUCAUUCGCCAGACUCAUGCACUCGCUUCAGAAAGACAUGUUGAAACAGAAGGCCAACUACGAGAAGAAGCUGAGUUCGGAUGUUCAGCACGAGUGCAAAUACACAGCAUAUGGCUUCGCACCUGCAGUACAAUAUUGGGCGUACGAGGCCAUUUUGGAGGUUGGGAAGAGGUAUGGCACGAACCACGGGAUUCGGUUCCUCAGGAUGCUUAGCUGGACGAGCAAAGGCGAUAUUGGGAAGAAAGACGUCAGCGCAUUAUUUUCUAGACGGGUAUGAUUUUCACUUAUGUUCAGAAUAAUAAUUUAACAUAAAUGCUUGUAAUAAAUGCUAAAUGGUUUUAUUUUGAUAUUUUUUGAACCAUAAACAGAAUCUUGAAGUGGUGAAGGGGCUACUUCCACGGACAGAGGAGGAGGCAUUCGUGAGGACCAUAUCUUACGAUGGUGUGGAGAACCUGGUUGAUGAUGUUGUGGAUGACACAGAGGCUGAGGCAGGUAGUCAGGUACCAGAGACUCAGGUCCCAGACACUCAGGAAACAGACACUCAGGCCACUGGUUCAGAACCUCAGCCCAGUGCACCAUCUUCAUCAGGCGUUCGGGGUGCCGAGUACACUGAUUUAGUGGCUCGGUUGGAUAGGAUCGAGGCU